AUGACCAGCACCCGAAGUCCGCCUCGUCGGGCGUCGUUCGGGGCCGCGAAGCCGGCUGGCGCAAUCCUCGACGGAAGGGGCUCUGAAGGCUGGGGAGGAGGCUCGGAGUGGCUGAGCCCUGCGACCACGGUCAAGGUCAUCCCUGUGCUUGAGGACAACUACAUGUAUCUGGUCAUUGAGGAGCACACGUGGGCGGAUGUGGCUGUGCUUAAGAAGCUGCUGGAGAUAGUAGGCCUGGAGGGAGUAUCACUGACCACCAAUGUACUGACUACCCACCACCAUUGCUGGCGCAUGGAGAGUUGGGAGGCGCCAAGCCACUGGCCUCACACACCACCUGCUCUGCAAUUUGGGGCCAUCCAUGUGUGCUGCCUCCUGACACUGGGCCAUACCUCUGGCCACGUGAGCUAUUUCCUGUGGGAGGACGAGUGUCCGGAUCCGACUGCCCAUGUUCUCAGGUAUGGACAUGCUUUUCUUGGCCUGCUGCAGUUGACACCUGGAGAGCACAGCUCAGAGAGAUGUGAAGGACGCGCUUGCCGUAUGCCAGGAGUGCAGAAAAAAUGCUCAGGGCAGAUUGGGUGUGGGGAGAGGGUGCACGGGAGGGUGCUGGGGUCUGGGGAGGGAUCUGGCCAGGCCAGCCAGGGUGAGCACCUGUCCCCAUCUCUGCCUGUGGCAGUGCUGUGUACCCCAAGUGCCUCCUUUCUCCAGAAGGUGUUCUGUGGCCAUGAGCACACACUGGGCCACCUCAAGUUUGCACAACAGCCCUGCAAUAACCAUGUGAGGGCCAAGCUGUCCUGGGUCAAGAAAAGGGAUGAGGAAGACAUAGCCACAGUCCCAUCCACUCUGGGCGAGGAGCAUCUCUACAACCCCUUCCUAAGGGUGGUGGAGGAGCCUGUGAGCAAGUUCACCAGGAAGGCGGUCCCAGCUGAGGUCCUGGAGGUGCUCUGUAGGGAGCUGACUAGCUUUGAGCAGGCGGCUGAGCCUCUACAGCCACAGGCCCUGCAGUGGGGGUUCCUGAGCACACUCUAACCAAAGUAAGCACUCUGUGGACCUGCGGUGGGACCAAGAAGUACAUUUCUACCUUCUUCGGCCCUUGGGAUGACUGGGCCCAUAGGAGGGUUGCCUCCAGAGCCGUCCAAACCCCUGCCCAACUGGCUGCCCAGCCUCAUAAGGUGGACACUCUGGUAUUUCCUGGUGGUGGACUUGCCCCACUACGUGAGUGUUUGGGA